CGACAAACAACAAAUCAACGUAACCGAUCCCCUAACACACCUAUAUCUCGCCAGCCGCCUACUGCAAUAACACCGGGGCAGGUUAACCCGUCGAUUCGAUAUCUGCAACCUGCGAUUUCCUUGCCGAGGUUUAUUUGCGACAAAAAACAGAAUUCACAAUGUCUGCCCAAAGUUCAGCUGGAAUUCAGACCCUGCUCGAGGCCGAGCGUGAGGCAUCCAAGAUUGUCCAGAAGGCACGGGAAUUCCGCACAAAGAGAGUCAAGGAGGCCCGUGACGAGGCCAAGAAGGAGAUAGAAGCCUACAAGUCCGAAAAGGAGAGCGAGUACAAGGCAUUCGAGUCCAAGCACACCCAAGGCAACAAGCAGGCCGAGGAGGAGGCCAACAAGGAGGCCGAGACCCAGAUCAAGGAGAUCAAGGAGGCCGGCAAGAAGCACCAGGACAAGGUCAUCAAGGAUCUGCUCAAGGCCGUCUUUGAGCCCCACCCUGUGCCGCCGACUGCUGCUUAAGCUGUUUGUUUAGUCUUGUAUGGAGAACCAGGUUGGCGUCAUGCUUUUUUGCACUGAGCUUAUAGAAAGAUGAAUCAAGCAGCAUGUUGCAAGAUUGUCCAUUGAGAGUAGUUGUAGGAUGCAUCAACGCUUUUGGCUUUCGUUUUCUUCUUCUAUAAACAUUUACGCCAACUUGUAUGCCGCUAUGAAAACAACAUUGAUAUACACAUUAAUCAAAACACCCAGACAACUCCCUCCAUACAUUUUAAUCUUGGAGGAAUUCCCGAAGCGUAGUCAGCAUAUCAUGCAUCUCCUUCCCAUUCUCCGUCUCCACAUCCACAGCAUCAGCCUGUUCCUUUAAGCUCUCGCUGAGUAACUCCAAAGUCUCAUCCCUAUCCGCCAGGAGCGUCUGGAUUUUCCUCUUUGCGCCAUCGUCCUCGGCCACCAGCCACGCGAGCAUCACGUCGAUGCUCUGCAGCACAAAGAGACCCGCAUCCAGCCGGCGAGAGAACCGCUCGUCCUCGUCCAGCUCAUCCAUCCCGGCUGCAUCCACUGCCGCCACCCUUCCCGCGUACUCUCGCCGCAGCUGGACGAGCCUCUCGGUCUUUUCGUAGUCCUUCUCCACAAACUUGGCCAGCGUCCUGAUCCGCUCCGCGCUGUCCGUCGGCAGCAACCUCAACAUGCACGCAAAGAUGCUGAUGAGGUGCUCCACUACCCUGGGGUCGCGCUUCUUGGAAGAGCCCUUGGCAUUGCUGCUGCUGCUCUUCAUGAAUAGUGUGAAAAGUGUCUUGAGUCCGCCGUACUCGACAAUCCGCUCACACACCCCGGCCUCGCGGCUCUGUGCCACCGCAUGAUCCAGCAACCGCAGCGCCGGUGUGCGUGCCUUCUUGGCCGUCGGGCUGCCAAUCAGCACCAGGCACAGCGCGUGACCUUCGGCGUCGACAAACUUUUGCUUGCCUUCGGGCCGGUCCGCGAUGCACGUCAGCGCCUCGAAGCAGUUCUCCAUGAACUCCUCCUCGUCCCCACCGCGCUCCGGAUCCCGCGCCCGGUACGGCGCCACAAGCUGCAGCAGCGGCUCGACCGCGUCCAGGUCCCUCGCCAGCCUGUCGCGGUUCACCGGGCUCGCCUGCGCCAGAAUGGCCAGCAUCUCCGCCGCGUACUGCUUGUUCUGCGACACGGGCUCCUCGGCCUUGGUCGCUCGGGCCAGGAGCCACUUGAGAAGAGGGUCGCAGCGCCCCACCAUCUCUGCCGUCGCGGGCCGGCCGCCGCACAGGUUCUCCACCACCUCGAGGAUGCGGUAGACGCCCUCCCGAUCAGCCUCGUCGCCAGCCUCGUCGAGUCGCUCGAGAUUUGACACGAGCAGCGACAGCAGGUCGGCCUCUAGCAGGGCGUCGACCAGCA